UGAGACCUACGAAGCCACAUGUCCCCCCAAGGAGGCAGGGAAGCUGCUUCUGUCCUCCCAGUGUCACCCAGGAUCCCAAGGAGCUGCGUGGGAACCCAGAGGCUCAAGUCAAAACUGCCAGGGUUAGGCCAGACAUGGUCACUCAUACCUAUAAUCCCAGCAUUCUAAGAGGCUUAGAUAGGUGGAUUACUUCAGCUCAGUAGUUUGAGACCAGCCUGAGCAAAAGUAAGACCCCCAUCUCUACUAAAAACUGAAAAAUUGGGCGGUGCCUGUGGCUCAGUAGGUAGAACACUGGCCCCAUAUACCGAGGGUGGCAUGGUCAACUACUAUACCUCAGUGACUCCUGUGCUACGUGGCCAGCCCAUCUACAUCCAGUUCUCUAAUCACAAGGAGCUCAAGACUGACAGUUCUCCCAACCAAGCGGUAUGUCACAAAAAAUAGCCGGGCGUUGUGGCAGGUGCCUGUAGUCCCAGCUACUCAGGAGGCCGAGGCAAGAGAAUCGCCUAAGCCCAGGAGUUGGAGGGGGCUGUGAUGCCACAACAGUCUACAGAGGGCAAUAAAGUGAGACUCUGUCUCUAAAAAUAAAUAAAUAAAAAUAGAAAAAUUUGCCUCUCAGCUACUUGGGAGGCUGAGGCAAAAGAAAUCAAUCACUUGAGACCAUGAGUCUAAGGUUGCUGUGAGCUAUGACGACACCUGGGCACUCUGUCUCAAAAAAGUAAAUAACCCGGCCAGGUGUUGUGGAGGGUGCCAGUAGUCCCCGCUACUUAAAGAGUUUGAGCCCAAGAAUUUAAGGAUAAUAUGAACUAUGACAUCUCCACACUCUACCCAGGGCAAAGUGAGUUGAGACAUUGUCUCAAAAAACCCCAAAACUUUUGCUGUAGGUCUUGGUGGUUCCUGUUGAAAUGGACAAAUUCAUGAAUCUUGGGAAAGUGUUGCUGGUCCUGCCCAGAUGCUACUCUGGAUGCAAAGCCAUCAUCAUGAAGAACAUUGAUGAUGGCACCUCAGACCACCCCUACAGCCAUGCUCUGGUGGCUGAAAUUGACCACUAUCCCUGCAAAGUGACAGCUGCCAUGGGCAAGAAGACUGCCAAGCGAUCAAAGAUCAAGUCUUUUGUAGAAGUUUAUAACUACAAUCACCUCACGCCCACAAGGUGCUCUGUGGACAUUCCCUUGGACAAAACUGUCGUCAACAAGGAUGUCUUCAGAGACCCUGCUCUUAAACGCAAGGCCCCAUGGGAGGUCAAGGUCAAGUUUGACGAGAGGUACAAGAUGGGCAAGAAUAAGUGGUUCUUCCAAAAACUGCGGUUUUAGGUGUUGCUUCAGUCAUUAAAAAUAUUAAAAGAGGUGGGACUUUACCUAACAAUUGUAAUCAGUGUAACCUGGCUUAUUGUACCCUCAAUGAAUCCCCAACAAUAACAACAACAAAAAAAAAAAUUAAAAGAGGCUGGGCGCCUGUGGCUCAAGUGGCUAAGGUGCCAGCCACAUACACCUGAGCCGGUGGGUUCGAAUCCAGCCUGGGCCUGCCAAACAACAAUGACAGCUGCAACCAAAAAAUAGCCGGGCGUUGUGGCAAGCGCCUGUAGUCCCAGCUACUUGGGAGGCAGAGGCAGGAGACUCGCUUGAGCCCAGGAGUUGGAGGUUGCUGUGAGUUGUGGUGCCACAGCAC